GUUCGUGAAUCCCCUUGGCGGGAAGAAGGCGAGACCGUGCGUAGUAGCCAGCGUGACUUGUUAACUGUAUUUACAAAAUAAAUAUGUCUCGAAUACUCAACUGUAUUGUAGCUGUUUGUCCAGACAUGGGAAUAGGGAAAAAUGGAAACCUGCCAUGGCAUCCAAUAAGACUAAGUAAUGAACUCAAGCACUUUCAGAAGAUGACCAUGACCCCUUCAGAUGAGGGUAAGAAGAAUGUGGUCAUCAUGGGCAGAAAGACAUGGUUCUCUAUUCCUGCAGCGCACAGACCUCUAAAGAACAGGAUCAACAUAGUUCUCAGCAGAGAACUCAAGACAGCCCCAGAGGGAGCUCACUACCUUGCUUCAGACUUCAGUUCAGCUCUCCAUCUGUUAGACAGUGGCGAGCUCGAAAAACUAGUGGACCAGGUUUGGAUAAUUGGUGGCAGCUCUUUGUAUAAGGAGGUGAUGGAGCGCUCUGGUCACAGGCGUCUGUUUGUAACCCGCAUCCUCAAGCAGUUUGACUGUGACACAUUUAUACCCAAUUUUGACAUGGACAAGUACAAGCUACUCCCUGAAUUUCCAGGUGUACCCGUCGGCUUGCAGGAGGACAAUGGUGUUCAGUAUGUGUUUGAAGUGUAUGAAAGCAUCGAACACUAAGAAGAUCUUUUAAAGUUUGAUGCAAUGGUCAGAGAUGUGGUCUAGCGGUUAGUGCUAAUACUUCAACCUAUCUCCCAUGCAGAAAAAAAAAACAAAAAAACAUUAUCAUAUUUGUGUAAUGUACUGGCCCUAUAGCUUCCCUUCUUUUAUGCAUCACUUUUCAAUUUUCUUUAUUAAUAAAAAUGCCAAAAAUAUAUUGUGAUGCCAGGACAAUUAAAAGAUGCUAUUCUUCCUUUUUUUUUUAUAUGUAUGAGCUGUUAACUACAUAAAGUGCGAAACAACGAACAGAAAGAAGGGAAGAAAAUAAAGGUCACAGACCAGACUAAGCUGAAAACUAGUAAACUUUUCCCAUUGGUUUAUAAUUACUGUGCAAGUAUUUUUUGCAUUGUCCCAAUAAGUAUCCUUUUAUCUAUAUGUUGUUUAGCUCCUGGGUUAUUAUUUAAAAUAUUCCAAAAACCGCAUACCUCAUUUUCCACAGUAAUAAACAGGUUUUUUUUUUAACAUCUG